CUUGUUUACGCGGCGUAUUAUCCAACAUAUUUCCCAAUGCUUUGGGGCAAGAGCUUAGUUAAUAGUUUUUACAAAUAUAAAAGAAAAGUGUGGCAGAAUGUAAGCGUGAUUACAAAGCGGUGCAAUGCAACAUACCACCCACCCAAAAUUCUGUUUUUCGGUACCGACAACUUUUCUUUGCCAAGUUUGCAGGCACUGCACCAGAAUUGCAGGGAUCGCCUGGGAGUUGUUACGUCCUUCAAAAGUCCCGCCAACUGUGUGAGGAGCUAUGCGGAAAAGGAGAAACUUCCCCUACAAAGGUGGCCAAUCGAACCCUCUGAAUGCUCCAAGUACGAUCUGGGUGUAGUGGUUUCUUUUGGCCACCUGAUACCUGCCAGUAUCAUCAAUGGGUUUCCCAACGGAAUGAUCAAUGUCCAUGCUAGUCUGCUGCCCAAAUGGCGAGGUGCUGCUCCCAUCAUAUACGCCAUCAUGAAGGGAGAUGCCAGGACAGGGGUUUCCAUCAUGAAAAUCGAACCACAUCGGUUUGAUAUAGGCGCUAUUCUAGCUCAACGAGAAGUGGCCAUUAAACCCCACGUAUUCAUGGCGGAACUGCAUGCAUCUUUGGCCUUGUUAGGAGCUGAUUUACUAGUGGAUACAGUCAACAACCUAUCAGAUAGACUGAAGGAAGCAAAGCCCCAAGAUGAUACAAAGGCCAGCUAUGCUCCAAAGAUUACCAACAAAAUCACUAAGAUUAUCUGGUCAGAGCUUAGUGCCUUUGAUAUAUACACUCGUCACCGAGCUUUGUAUGGUUACAAAAACCUUACCACCAGUUUUGUGGACAAACAAGUGCAGCUGCUGGAGCUAAGGUUGCCAGAAAAGCCUUUGGUAGUCCAAGAACCUGGUACUUUUAGCUAUCAAAGGAAGAGGAGAUCCCUGCUGAUAGGAUGUGCCCAGGAAAGUCAAAUAGAAGUUCUGCAGUUACGUGUGGAAGGCAGAAAGCCCAUGAGUGCCCAGGACUUUAACAACGGAUUCCUAAAGCAAGCAGGAUCCCUGAAGUUCACCGACAAUAAACUAGCGAGAAAUUGAU